AUGGUGGAGGUUGUAACGGUGGAAUCCCGGCCUCGUCGCUCGUUCGGUGGCUUGUUCAAGAUUCGCUCUUCCAAAAGCGAGUUUGGCAUGGAUACCUCCUUCGCAACGGCCACUACCGUUUUCGAUGACUCCUGUACCGUUUCUCGGCGUAGUUCGGGAUCCUCCGGCCAUUUUACCUACCCAAGCAAUCAUUCCAAAGGUUGGGCCCGUGCAAUGAAUUAUCUUCGCCGUCGAUCUCCUUCCACUAUCAUUGUUGAUACAGAAGAUUUUGAAGAAGAUAUCAGAAACAAGAAUUCCUCGGCAAAUCGAGUCCAUGACUUUUUCGCGAAGGAACUUAACCGUUGCGAACCCAAUCAGUUGCGUUUGCUACGCGAGCAGCGGGAGGAAGGAACUCGGGUGGUAAUUACAGAAGAUGACGAUGACGACGACGACAAAGAUACGAAUUCAGCAAGCAACGCUUCCGCCGUAGCGGAAUCCGAAAAGUCAAUUGAUUGUGAGUCAUCCUCCGCCGACAUUGCGUUGCAGUCGCGAUGGCAGGCGCUUGAUAUUCAGCGCCGACUACUCGGUGCCAAGCAUCCGGAUGUACAAUUUCUGGAACGCCAGAUUCGCCGUCGGGUUGUGGUGACCCGUGCGCACAACCGCUGUGGAGAUUCCUUUCUUUUGUCGCCCCGCCACCAUCGUCACCAAUCUGCCCAGUCGGAGCGAGCAAACCCCUACUAUCCCUACAACGAACCACGAUUUUCCCCAGCGUUUGUGCCUCGGCCCUCGGAUCAGUGA